GACGACGACGAAGAAGAAGCGACGAAUGGAACAGUAUCAGCUUCCUCUUCCAGGGCUGUCUCCUACGUCAUAUAUUAACGACGUGCACGUUCUUUUUUUUUUUUUUAGCUAAGUGAUCAUCUUUACGAACACAAGAGCGAUAAAUCUGAAAUAAAAUUCAAUAAAAUGUGAAUUGAUACGAACCAAUUGGUGAAUCAAGGUUCGCAAUUAGUUGGCAUUCUUUCAGAAGUUGUCAGCGUUUCAUAGACUUAAAUGGAAUACGGAGUAGAAGACAAGGUCGGGUUGGGCUGCGCUAGUUAACGAGCCACUAGUAUAAGCAGGGUAGUUCUUUUGCUAAACAGCAAAUUUGACUGCGUGUUUUUUUUUAUAUGCGAGGUGUCGAACUGUCGCUGAUGUAAAAUAUUACUUCCGUUAGUUGUGUGAAUUAGGUAGUGUCAUUAGAUAUUGGUGGAAGACUGCUUCCGAAGUGAUUACGCAUUUAGCCUGUGUUAGCAUUCUCAUUACAUUGCAGUUUGUUCGUGUGCACAGUUGAUCCUUUUGGUGAACCCUACAUCCCAGGAAUAUGGCGCCGCGCUUACAGUUGGAAAAAGCGGCUUGGCGUUGGGUGGAAUCUGUAAAACCUGAAGAUAUCAGACAGGAGCAUAUCGAGCUAGCGUACCGCAUCAGUCUUCCGGCCUGCAAGAGAGGAACCUGCAGGAGGAACUGUAAAGGCAACCCCAACUGUCUUGUUGGCAUUGGGGAACAGACGUGGCUUGGGGAGAUUGAUGAAAAUUCUUUCCACAAUAUUGAUGACCCAAAUUCAGAGCGAAGAGAUAAGAACACGUUUGUUGGUUUGACCAAUCUGGGUGCUACGUGCUAUGUCAACACCUUCCUGCAGGUGUGGUUCCACAACCUUGAGUUGCGAAGAAGCCUCUAUCAGCACUACAAUUCCCGUGCAGAGGAACACAACACAGAGUCAGAUUAUGAACCUGAGUCCAUUUGUGAGCAUCUGCAAUAUUUGUUUGCACUACUACAGAAUAGUAACAGAAAAUACAUUGAUCCUUCAGGGCUGGUUAAAGCUCUUGGCUUAGACACUGGGCAGCAGCAAGAUGCCCAGGAGUUCUCAAAGCUCUUCUUGUCCUUGUUGGAGGACACAUUGUCCAAGCAGAAGAACCCAAUCCUGCAAAAUGUCAUUCAGCAGCAAUUCUGUGGACAGUUCUCCUAUGUAACUGUCUGUAACCAAUGUGGGCGAUCGUCUGCGCUGCCUUCCAGAUUCUAUGAACUGGAAUUGAAUAUUCAGGGCCACAAGAACCUUACAGAAUGUGUUACAGAGUUUCUGAAGGAUGAGAAACUAGAUGGAGACAACCGCUACUUCUGUGAAAGCUGUCAAAGUAAACAGAACGCCACCCGGAGGAUCAGACUGCACAGUCUCCCUCCGACCCUCAACCUGCAGCUCAUGCGCUUUGUCUUUGACAGACAAACGGGGCACAAGAAAAAACUCAACACCUACAUCAGCUUCCCUGAGCAACUGGACAUGGCACCUUUUUUUGAAGUCACAAAAGAUCAGAAGUGUGUGUAUGAACUGAGUGCAGUGCUGAUCCACCGUGGCAUCAGUGCCUACUCAGGACAUUAUAUUGCCCAUGUGAAAGACGCUCGUACCAGCGACUGGUACAAAUUCAAUGAUGAAGAAAUUGAAAAGAUGGAAGGCAAGAAGCUGCAGUUGGGUACAGAAGAUGAUAUUGCUGAAACAGUGAAGUCUCAGACACGAAAACCCAAGUGCAGCAAAGGCUACCACUGCUCCAGAAAUGCCUACAUGUUGGUGUAUAAAGUCCAAGAAGAGGAAACUGUAGAUCCUGCUGUGGCCCCAGUUCAAGUGCCUGAGUUCCUCCAGAGGUUGGUGGACCAAGACAACCAUAAAUUUGAGGAGUGGUGCAGUGAAAUGUCGGACAUGAGGAAACAGAGUGUGGAUAAGGGCAAAGCGAAGCACGAAGAAGUGAAGGAGCUGUAUGAGCUGCUACCUGCAAGAGACGGAGAGCCGUACGAAUUUAUUCCUCUGGAUUGGUUGAAGAAGUGGUUGGAUGACUCUACCGCCACCAAGAAAAUCGACAACUCGCACUUCCUGUGUUCCCAUGGCAAACUACAUCCCGACAAAGUAGGAGAUGUCAAGAGGGUUUCUCAGAAAGCUGGGCAGGUUCUAUACGAGCGCUAUGGUGGAGGGCCACGGCUUGAUGGCUCCACUCUAUGCCAAGAGUGUGUCGAACAGCGAUGCAGGGUCCUACGCCUAAAGAAUCAACUUCAUGAGGACUACAAGGAAGUCUCCAAUCUGGUCAAACGUACUAUCAGUGGAGAAGGUUACUGGGUGGGCAAAGCCUCCUUGCGCAGUUGGAGGCAGUUGGCUCUGGAGCAACUGGAGAAGGAUGAACAUGAAAGCGAACCGAGCAACGGUCAAAGCAACGGGAAUGGCUCACAUGCCCACAACAGCCAGGACUGCAGUCCUGAGGUCUCAGAGGGCAACGAGGAGGAGAUGAAGACAUUCAAUGAGGACAUUGUCUGCAGCCACGGAGGUCUGAGUAUUCUGGACGCUGAACGUAAACUGGUUUCUUCUGAAGUUUGGACCAAGCUGAGGGCAUACUUCCCCAAAGCGCUUGAAUUUACCCAAGACCAAAGUGCCUGUCCGCAGUGUCUGACACUGGAACAGGAAGAAAAGGACAAUGAGGCUGUGAGUAAAAUGAUGGCUCUGGACCAGAAGAAUCAGCUACUCAACCUCUUCCAUGAGAAAAACCGGCCAACCCUCACCAAGUGGCCCCAGGACACAGACAUCCUCUAUGUUGUCCCUCUGUUUUUUGUGGAUGAAUGGAGAAAAUUUAUCAGAAGACCCACUAAAUCCUCCCCAGUGUCCAGUGUGGGCAACAACCUCCUUGUAUGUCCACAUGGAGGAUUCAUGUUCACCUAUGACUCCCUGAUCAACGGAGAUGCACAACACAUUGUUCUGCUCUGGCCCAGUGAAUGGGAGGUAAUCAGCAAACUCUUCAUUGUGGACCAGUCCAUCUCCAUCAACUGCGUCAAACAGACCACACCCACGGGUCCCACCACUAAAUACACCACUCAUCCUGAUCUCUGCUGGGAGUGCAGAGAGGGCUUCCUUUUCCAGCAGCAGAAAGACCUCAGAGAGUACACCCAAGCCACAAUUUACAUCCGCAAAAUCAUAGAAGACAAACGGAUGAUUAAAGAAGCUGUUCCUGAGCUGAACGCCAGCAGCUCUGAGGCAGAGGAGGAGAAGGAAGAGCAACCAAAGGUAGCUGGUGAGAGAGAUCCAGACUUCAGCCAGACGGCUUCUUCAUCCACAGAAGAAUGCUGGAACUCUUCUAGUUCAGGGGUGCCCAACCAUUUUUGGACCAAAGAUCAACCACCCUCCCACGAUUGACCCAGGACCAUAUGUGCGCAUCUGCACGCACUUACACACGCGUGCAAUGAUGAGCAACAGCCAUAAGGGCACCUAAGAUGAACUAAACAGAAAAAUAAAGUAGACACAACAGUUUGUGAAAAGGAAAUCACUGCCUACCUGAGUAUAGACCUGACGCAGAGGCAAAGGACGCACUUUUGCAGCGUCUAUAUAUCAUAGCUCACGUGUACCAAUUAAAAAUGUUUCUCUCGGCCCUCCAGAUUCCCAUUCUUUGCCAGUGCCCUCGGUGAAUCGUACAUGUAACAAACCCCGAAUGAGAAUAAUAACAAUAUAAGAUAUAGCGCAACAGCAUUGAUCGCAAGUUGCAAUUGCAGACUGCUGACCGCUAACAACUUCUGGAUGAUUGAGGUCACGCGUUACCGUAGGUUAAAGGUGACCUGCUUUUUUAUUUUAUAACAUUUCAUGAUCAGUAAGAACAGGCUCAUGGCAAAGGCAGUGGGGAAUACUUGUGUUUGUGAGUUCUUUGUUUUUUUAUUUUUAAUCAAUUUGCAAAAAUCACUUUCAUGAUGGUGUUUUGUCUGUUGAAUUUUGAUAGAAAAUAAUAUAUUUUGAAAUAAGGUUUUUACAAGACAAAAUACAGUCAUAUCUCAGUUUUCGACCAUUGUCCGUUCUUGAAGGCUGUUCGAAAACCGAAACCACGCUUUUAGAAAAAAUAAAUCUUUAUUGAACACGUCUACUCACAAUGGAAUGCUACACGAGGAAGUGUCACUGCCUCGUCUACCAGAGGAAGCAUCACUUCCUAGUGUCAGGAAGUCGAGAGGAGUCAAGUGGCACAUUCAAUUGCACUCAGUUUGGUUGAAAACCCAUUUUCGGUCGUAAUCAGAGGCAUAAAAAAAUGGAAAUUUUUGCUUGAAAACCAAUUUGGUCGAGAACAGAGAUGCUCGAAAACCGAGGUUUGACUGUAUGACCAACACGCCCCCGCCACUCCAA